UGUUACUUUAGAGAUAUGGUCAACUUCCAGUCUGAGAGAAAGAGAUAUAAAAAUAUUGAAGGCUUACUACUUGGAAAGUUCCAUGCAGAAAACUGCAGUGCUGCUUUUGAUACAAAGACGGGCCAUCGCGUGGCCGUGAAGAAGCUGUCGAGACCCUUUCAGUCCAUCAUUCAUGCCAAGAGGACCUACAGAGAGCUGCGCCUGCUGAAGCACAUGAAACACGAGAAUGUCAUAGGUCUGUUGGACGUGUUUACACCCGCAAGGUCCCUGGAAGAAUUCAACGAUGUGUACCUGGUGACCCAUCUCAUGGGGGCAGACCUGAACAACAUCGUGAAGUGUCAGAAGCUUACCGAUGACCACGUUCAGUUCCUUAUCUACCAGAUCCUCCGAGGGCUGAAGUAUAUACAUUCAGCUGACAUAAUUCACAGGGACCUGAAGCCUAGUAAUCUAGCUGUGAACGAAGACUGUGAGCUGAAGAUUCUGGAUUUUGGACUGGCUCGGCACACUGAUGACGAAAUGACAGGCUACGUGGCUACCAGGUGGUACCGAGCUCCUGAGAUCAUGCUUAACUGGAUGCACUACAACCAGACAGUGGAUAUUUGGUCUGUGGGCUGCAUCAUGGCCGAGCUGUUGACCGGAAGAACGCUGUUUCCUGGUACAGACCACAUUAACCAGCUUCAGCAGAUAAUGCGUCUGACGGGGACACCCCCUGCUUAUCUCAUUAACAGGAUGCCAAGCCAUGAGGCAAGAAACUACAUUCAAUCCCUGGCCCAGAUGCCGAAGAUGAACUUUGCAAACGUGUUUAUUGGCGCCAACCCCCUGGCUGUGGACCUGCUGGAAAAGAUGCUGGUUUUGGACUCAGAUAAGAGGAUCACAGCAGCCCAAGCCCUUGCACAUGCCUACUUUGCUCAGUACCAUGACCCUGAUGAUGAGCCUGUGGCUGACCCUUACGACCAGUCCUUUGAAAGCAGGGACCUCCUUAUAGAUGAGUGGAAAAGCCUGACCUACGAUGAAGUCAUCAGCUUUGUGCCACCGCCCCUUGACCAAGAAGAAAUGGAGUCCUGAACACCUGGUUUCUGCUGUGUCGACCCCACUUCUCUGUGAGGGGAAGGCCUUCUCAUGGGAACUCUCCAAAUAUCAUUCAAGUGCCUCUUGUUGAAAGAUUCCUUCAUGGUGGAAAGGGAUGCAUGUAUGCGUGUAGUGUCUGUCUGUCUGUCUGUCUGUCUUUGUGGCUGGAGUCACUGUGCUAGCAGUGACAUCGUGAGUGGUAGUGCUUUCUCAGUCUGGGCAGGCAGAUGGGAACUGCUGUCUUGUUAGGGGUAUGCUAAGUGCAAAGUAAGAAAUGUUAAGAUAUCCCUGUUCCUAGUUACACUUUUGCCACUCUGGCUUCUCCGGUGGCCCCACCUUUACCAUACACCACAGUGGCACAGACAGGCCAUCCCCCAGCCAUGCAUACAGAAGAGACCAGCUGGCUCCUGAGCUCUAGCCUGUGAUUGGCUUGCUUAGGAUGGUCCUCAGAGCCUGACAGGUGUGUUCAAAGCCGGCAGUCUGUUUGUGCCUUAAACAGAGAAGGACACAGAGAACCGCAGCUGCUCAUGUUCUGAGCCAGGUGAACGCACAGGGUUGGUGGGUAGCCAGUGGUGAGCAAGAAGAAACAAGACAGCCUUCAGGGAAGCCGCGUGUGUGUGUGUGUGUGUGUGUGUGUGUGUGUGUGUGUGUACUUGUAUACUUGUGUACUUGUGUACGUGUGCAGGAGCAUGUAUGUGUGGCCGCCCUCCCUCUCCCAGGAGCAAGCGGAAUCUAUGCUUACCCUUCACCUCAGUGCAGAGGUCCCCAGUACCAGGCGCAGGUUCCUGCCUUCAGCCGCUUCCUGUGUGCUCUUCACAUCUGGCAGAGUGCAGGUGUGUUUGCAUGCUGUGCCCUUGGAGCUUCCACAGCCCCCUUGUCUGUCCUCUUCGGAAAGCCCUGGGACUGCCAGGCAUGUGGGGACUUGCUGGCAGUUCCUGUCCACGUUGCCUCCGCUGAUGCCAUGGGCACAAUACUGCCUCCUCACUCCAGCGCUGCUUUGUGUUGAACACAACUGAUCCUCCAGGUGCUUGUGGUGCAAGGAGAUGCAGGACAGACAGACAGACAGACAGACAGAGCACCUGAACUCUUGCCAUCUGACUGUCACCAGUUUGGGGAGGAAAAGAGGCCUCUCCUAAGAAUGUCCCCAGCUCUGGAAAUCAUGCUCCCCUCACUUGUAAUAAUCAGCUAAGGAAUCCUGAACCAAAGUGAGGAACAAAGGCUCAUGAGGCCGGGACUCCCUUCACUGUCUUUCUCAAAAUUGGGUUGUUAAGAACAAAACCAGGCAGGACCAGUGGCGCCCGUGCUCAGAAGGGUCCUCCCGGCAGCUUGACACUGACUGGUUCUCCGUCUCCGUGUUGAUUUGGGGAGAAAUCAAUUUUGUCUUGGGAUUUUGUAUGUUAUAGGAAUCCUUAGAGAAUGUGAUUCCUUCUGAUGGGGAGACAGGGCAAAUUAUUUUAAUGUUUUGUAUUUUCACCUUUAUAAAGAUGAAAUCCUCAGGGGUGAAGAACUGUUUGCAUAAUUUUCUGAAUUUCAGGCACUUUGUGCUGUAUGAGGACCCGUAUAUUUAAGCCUUUUGUGUAGUAAGGAAAUGAAAAGCCAAUUCCAGUGUUGGCCGCGACAGGUCUGUAUUAGGUCAAGGUGUCUGCACUCUCAAUCAGUGCAGGGUCAUGCAUGCUCCAGGCGGGAAGGGUAGGAAAGACCCUGGAUCGUCUGGAGCCCAGCAGGAUGCAGGCUGGCCAGGCCUUUCCACCUCAGUGUGCAGUUCAGGACCUCACCACCCCAGGAACAUGUAUCCCGGAGGCCAUGGCUGGUUAUGAAGGCCAGUGUGUGGUUUCCAACUAAACUCUGCUCGGAUUACUUACUUUAUUGAAGUUGUGUUUGCACAUGUGACCAUGCUGUGGUAAGAGGCCCUGCUCCAGGGCCUGAACUCAAGGGAGCUGACAGAAGAGCUCCCAGCAUCCACAGCGAAAUGCUGCCAUCUCCCAGUUUCUCUAUCAGAAGACAAGGGAAUGAGGGAACUGCUGUUUUGUUUGUAUUCAUGAACUUGGCUGUAGUCCCAUAUGCCAUAGGAUGUCAGACAAUACCACUGGUUAAAAUAAAGCCUAUUUUUCAAAUUCA